AUGGUGAAAUUGUGUACUCGGGCUGAAGCCCUUUUCAUUCCCAAGGCCCCACACUCGCAGAGCCCGCUGUCAAAACGGCGAGUUUUUCGCCAGGUCUUCGGUUUUCCUACGGGCUGCGGGGAAUCUUCGCUGGCCGAAGAGCUGGUAAUGUCGUGCGAGUCCGGACAGCUGGGGAAAGGGCUUUUGGUGGUGAAACUGCGGCCACCAUACGCCUCAACGCAUGCAGGGCUGAACCUUGGGAUAGCAGUGUGUCUCUGUGUGUGUGACUGCUUCCUCCUCCUCCGCCUCGUUCUUCUUCCUAUUCUUUUUUGCCUCCACACACACCCGCGCACGCACGUUGCGCUUCUCGCCCUCCUGCGUCGGUGGGGCGGGGGCGCGCUACGUGGGCAGUUGCUGCGCCUCUUCGUCUUUGACUUUCUUGACAGUUUCUCUUUGUCGCUAGUCUCUUUCCCACACACUUGA